AUGGCGUCCGUCCUGGCCAUGAGCGAAGCCCACCGAUUCAGACAUCCUGGCAAUGGCACCCAUGGCGCUCUGCGCAAGGGCCCAGAUUUAGGUUUAGGUGCAGGCAUAGGAACGUCCAACGCCAGGAUGCCGAGGCCAACCGUCGACCACUCCUCUGUCAAUGCACACAACCACAAGCCCCACCCCUCUCCUCAGCCAGCAAAGCACACCACGCACACCUCACACACCACGUACUCCAAAGCAAAUCCUAGAGAUCGCCCCGGCUUCCCCGGCACAUUGUCGAACCGCCCUUUCACAGCUGGAACCACCUCCGCACAAUCUUCUCUCGCAUCGUCUUCGAACACUUCUCCGUCUCGCCUUCCCACCCUCGCUGCAAAGCGCGACCGCCGCGACCUCUAUCCCUCUGCCAACGGCGACUCCGCGUCCAGCUCCCAGGCGACACUACGGCCCCCAAACUCGGCCUCUACCUCGCCCCAGAAGCAGCUGAACGGCGACUACAGACUCCUGAGCGACGUAUCGCUGAACGGAUACCGCAGCAACGCGAGCAGCACGUACAGCUCGCCCGCCAGCCGCAACAACUCGCCUGACCCGACGACCUUGUCGCGCUCUCAGCUCGCCUCCCCGUUCCAACCAAGCGCUGGACCGAGCAAACUCACAGCAGGGUCUUGGCGGACGGGGCUCGACCGGCUCCAGGACCUCGAUCUCGAUUUUUCGCAUCAGCAGCAGCGUCCAAGCUACGGUCUCGCCGGCCUUUCGGAGGACGACGACAGGCAGGACGACACUGGAUACCGGGAACGAGAACAGCACAAGCGCGACAGCGACCGCUUCACGGCCGUUCCUCGACCAUCGCGCAGCCGCUCCAAGCCCCGGAACCGGGAUCGCCGCAGCAAAAUCGACGUGCGAGCGUUAGCGUCCCCGCCGCCGCUGGAGCGGAGACAGACGGCGCCAACAGAGGACAGCCACGACAGCAGCGCGGCAUCGGCCGGUACGAGCGGCACGAACGGCACACACAUGACGACGAUGGACCUGAGCGCGCUCUCCCACUCGACGGGGAGCACGGCGCCGACGACAGUCACGAACGGCACCUCGUCGCGCCCCCACACGUACCUCGACAAUGACGAGAUGCACCUCGCCCUGCUUGCGGGGCAGGCGGCGGUCGACUGCGACAAGCUCCCGAUCUCGACGUGGGACGAGGUCGAGCUGUGGAAGAAGGAGCUGAGCCACCUCUCCUCCCGCCUCGACACACUCCAGGCGAGACACCAGCGCGAAGUCAAGAUUCUCACCGCCGCCCGGACACUGCAGAAGCUGAAUACGGCGAACAAGCGCAUAUCACGCCACACAAUGGAGAGCCUGGAACAGUCUGAGCGCCGCGUCGCGGCCGCCGAGAAGGAAGUUCUAGUUUUGCGAGACCGCGAGGCCGCCCUGCGCCGCCGGCUGAUGGAGCACUGGGCCGGCGUCAUGGCCUGGGAGGUGCGGCGGCUGGAGCGUGCUGCGGCCGAUCGGCAGGAGAAGCAGGACCUGUUCCUACUCGAGUCGCGCCGCCGCGAGGAGGCGUUACACGACCACGUCGCGAGCCUGGAAGCCGAGCGAAGCAUGUCGCGUGGCAUGGACGACAGCCUGGAUUCAUCGGACCAGGUGUCGGAGAUGCUAUCCCGCUUAGAGCUGUCGCAGCAGAACCAGCAGGAGCUCGAGCACCAGCGCGAGCAGCUGCAGGUUGAGCGCGAUAUUCUGCACCGAGAGAAGGAGGCUCUGCGUCAAGAGCGCGACGCACUGCACGGUGAGAAGGAGAACCUCUCGCGCGAGCUGGUCACGCUGCAGUCGUCACAGGAGAGCCAGCGCGCCGACGCCGACACGCAGAAGAAGACGGUCGAGCGAUACCAGAAGCGCAUCGCGGAUCUGGAAGAGAUGGUCGUCGAGCUGUCGCGCCGCGAGCGCGCCCUCGAGGAACAGAUCGCCGAGGCGCCCAAGGCCGACGAGCUCGCUGCGCUGUCCGCCGAGCGAGAGCAAUGGGAGGCGGAGCGAGCCCGUUUCGACUCCGAACGGGAACAGCACGCGGCUGCGCGGGAGCAGUUUGAGGCCGAGCGCAGCACCUGGGCCGCCGAGCGAGGCGAGUGGAACGACGAGCGUGCCGCCCUCGACCUCAAGCUCAGCAAGCAUGCGCAUCUGAUUAGCGAGUUUGCCGACGCGCGCAAGUCGUGGGACGUGGAGCGUGAGCGGCAUCAGGCCGAGCGCACGGCGUGGGAGUCGGAGCGUUCGCAGUGGGACAACGAGCGGAAUCAGUGGCACGCCGACCGUGGCGUCGCGGCCGAUAAUCAGAGCCUGUUCGACACGGAGCGCGCCAGGUGGGCCGCGGAGCGGGAGGCGCUCGCUGCCGAGCGCGAGAACGACCGCGCGGCGUGGCUCGCGGACCAGCGAGCGGAGCGCGCAGUGUGGGAGCAGCAGCGGGACGCAUGGGAGCGCGAGCGCGCGCAAUUGGAGCAGCAGCUUAACAAGCUCGAGCUCGAGCGCGACAUGGCCAACAGCGACCGCGAGCUGAGUGUGUCUCGGCACGACGCUCUCGCUGCUCGCCACGACGAAUUACGUUCCCGCCACGAAGCGUUACAGGACGAGCACACGGCACUCCGCAGCACGCACGACCAGGUGCUUGGCGACCAUACGGCGCUGCGCAGCACGCACACCAAGCUACAGAGCGACCAUGCGCGUGCACUCGACGAUGCUGCCGCGGCAUCAAACGUGUCCAAGACGAUGGCAAAGAAGACGACCAUGGCGCUCGCGGCGAUCCUGGGCAAGCUGGUCCCCGAGGACGAGCUGGGCGAUGCGGCCGUCGAGGUGCGCCAGCUUUUCGAGCGGCAGAGCAAGGAUCUCGCCGACCUGCGCGACGCAAUGGACGAGGUCAACAAGGGCCUCGAGGAGGAGGUGCGCCGCGUCACGGCCGAUCGGGACCGAUGGCACGACAAGGCCGACGAGCUCGUCAAGGCGCACGACACAAACGUCUCGUCGAGCCGCGAGGCGCAGGGCGAAAUGACCGAGCUCGUGCGCAAAAUCCGCGCACAGAACGAGAAGAUUGCCGAACUGCAGUCGCAACUCGAGUCUCAGCCCAGGGCUCUCUCGCCGUCAUUGCUCUCGCCAGACCAGGCGAGCCUGUCGCAGGCGUGGGCCCUGCUUCCCUCACCAAAGGCGCGCGCCGAGGCUGGCCUGACGGAAGCCAAUGUUGUCUCGCCCUCAUCGCACGUCAACUUUGGCGCCCUGCAGCACGCCUAUUCUGUCCAAUCCAACGACGGGUACCCCGGCACCAAGGGGCUGGUGGAGCGGAUCCGGGGCGUUGUCGACGACGGCCGCGUCAUGGCCGAGCGCAUGGCGCGCAUGGAGCAGGACAAGGAGCGGCACAAGGCCAAUGCAGCUCGUGCGGCCAAGCUCGUCGAGGAGAGCCAGCGCAGCCUGGCCACGUACCAGAAGCAAGUCAAGGAUCUGCAGGACCGUCUCCAGCAGGCGACGGGCAGCCCCGUAUCGUCGCCCAUCGUCUCGCCCGUGCGCGUGCCCGACCUCGAGACGCGGUAUGCGCUCGACGACGCGCGCGCCGAGAUCGCAACCAUGCGCAGCGAAGCAGCCAAGCGGGCCGAGGAGCUCGCCAAGCUGCAAGAGUCAAACCAGGCCCUCUCCACUCGAACCCUAACGCUGGCCGAGGAGGCCGAGGCGGCGAAAAUGGCCGCAGUGGGCAAAUUGCAGCGCGAGCAGACCCUGCUCCAGGCCGAACUCGACACGCUCCGGUCCAAAAUCAAGAAACAGGAGGCGGACACGGAUAACGAGCGUGCCCGCCAGACGGCGCAGAACAUGACGCUGCUCGAGGAGUCAGGGUCGGGAACACCGAAUAGUUCCUCUGCACUGGGCGACCGGGGCGAACGCGAGCGGAGCGAGCGUGAGCGCCAGCUUGAGCGUGAGCAAGGCAAGCGAGCUGGGUUAAGUGAGCGCGAGCAGCGAGAACGAGAGAGGGUACAGCACGAAAAGGAGAUCAGGGAGAUGAAGGCGCGCGCCGAGGUGGCGGAGCGGCAAAGGCUAGAGAAAGAGCAGCUGGAGCACGAGCGCGAGGGCCGGGGUGAGAACGACGUCCGGCGCGAGGGGAGGGGGAGUUGGCGCGAGAGCUGGAAGAAGGUGGUGGCCAUGGGGCUCGUCUACCCCGUCCACACCCUCUCCCCCGCCACCGCCGGUCACGACGCCACCGACCCCGCCGCUCAGCUCUUCUCCGACGCCGAGUACACCCACGCGGUCAGUGUUCUCUACUUGGACGAGUCCGAAGACGGGAUCAACGGGGUCACCACUCGCCAGCCCGAGGUCGACGAUGCGGUCUCUGCCGAGGUCGGCUUCGACGCCGCUGAGCCGGUAGUCUCACUUCCACUCCUCACCACUGCUUCUUCUCCUCUCACUCUAGCUCGCUCCCGCUCUACUCCCACUCUCAUUCUCUCUGCUUGCUGGGCCGCCUGUUCUCCUCGACCUCUUUGCUCUCGCUCGUUGUCGUGA